UUCUGCGGGGGGGAGGGGCGUGGAUGCGCGCGGGGGACUGGUGUCGUGUGGGGAGGUGGGUUCGAUUUGGAGAACUGUGUAAGUGACGUUGAGAGUUGGCAAGGGUUUUGACUCGCUAUUAAUCACUGGGUAUCACCGGUAGUGGAUUGUUAGUUUGGGGUUUGCAGCUUGCUUUAAGAGGGCGAAGACGGGCCAUCCACGAUUCGGUUCUGGAUGCGCGUUCUGUCUCCCUCCCUUGCUACUGCCUGUAACACGCAUACACCCACCCCCUUUAGUUGACGGCAAGAUGGGGAGCAAGACUGAGAAGGCCGAUCUCCCGGGAUCGCAGUCGGACGACAAGGUCGAUGUUGAGCAGCUCGACAGGACAGCUGUGCCGCCGACAACGCUCCAGUCGUUUGGUCAUCUUGAUGAAAAGAAGAUCCUGCGAAAGAUGGAUAUGCGACUGAUUCCGAUGCUCGCCCUCCUUUACCUCCUCUCCUUCCUCGACCGUGGGAACAUUGGCAACGCCAAGAUCGAAGGCCUACAAGAAGACCUUGACAUAACAGACGACCAGUAUAACUGGUGCCUAACGGCAUUCUUCUUCACUUACGCCGCCUUUGAAGUGCCAAGCAACCUCAUGUUGAAGAAGGUCCGGCCUUCCGUUUGGCUACCCGCCAUCAUGGUCGCCUGGGGCAUCGUCAUGACCCUGAUGGGCAUCGUCCAUAAUUAUGCCGGUCUCCUCUCGGCGCGCAUCUUUCUAGGAGUGACCGAGGCGGGCUUGUUCCCCGGUGUGGCGUAUUACUUGACGAACUGGUAUAAGCGGGAAGAAAUCCAGCUCAGGCAGGCCAUGUUCUUCAGCGCAGCCAGUGUCGCGGGCGCGUUCAGCGGGCUGCUAGCGUUUGCCAUUGGGAAGAUGGACCAGGUUGGGGGUUUGCAUGGCUGGCAGUGGAUUUUCAUCCUUGAAGGAAUUGCCACUGUCAUCGUUGCCGCCAUCGCCUUCUUCGCCCUGUUCGACUUCCCUGAGACGGCGGGUUUUCUCACCGAAGAGGAGCGGGCUUUUGUCAUCUAUCGACUCAAGUACCAGGGCCAGAAUCACAACCAAAAUGGCACCCAGAUUGCUCAGGCCGACGAGUUUCGAUGGAAGUAUGUCAAGGAUGCGUUCCUCGACUGGCAGAUUUGGGUCAACAUUUUUGUCUACUGGGGCGUCGUCUGCCCCCUGUAUGGCAUCUCGCUGUUCCUCCCAACCAUUAUUCGGCAUCUGGGAUACGAAAGCAGCCAGGCGCAGCUCAUGACAGUCCCGAUCUACAUUACUGCUGCCGUUCUCGCCGUUGUGGCUGCCUAUUUCUCAGACAGGGUCGGCAAGCGCAGUCCGUUUAUCGUCGGCUUCCUGCUUGUCAUGGCGGCCGGCUUCUCCAUGUGCAUCGCCACGGAUCCCAAGGAGCACCCACGUGUCGUGUAUGCCGGUGUGUUUGUGGCCGCAUGCGCAAUCUACCCGGCUUUCCCGGGCGUCAUCGCCUGGCUGUCAAACAAUCUGUCUGGUUCGCUCAAGAGGUCGGUCGGAAUGGCGGUGCAGAUUGGUGUGGGCAACUUGGGUGGUGCCAUGGCAUCCAACUUCUACCGCGCCCGGGACGCUCCCCGGUACAUGUUAGGCCAUGGGCUGGAACUCGGCUUUAUCGGCGCGGGGCUCCUUGCUUCGUUAAUUUUGGUUCUGGGUUACACAGCAGAGAACAAGAAGCGGGCGAGAAGGAUCGAGGAGGGUGCCCUGGACUCGUAUACCCCGCAGGAGCUGUCCGAAAGGGGUGAUAAAGCUCUCACAUAUCGUUAUGUGUUGUGAGGAUACCCGGGCGAUUGGUUGGUAAGGCUUAAACUUGUUCGGGGCGUACAGAGAAACGGAGAUUUAGGGAGGGAUGCAUAUCCGCCUCCCCCUUUCCCUCGAAACCAGGCGACAAAAUAGGAUGACAGUCAUCCCAUGUCCCUGCAGGGUGGCAUCAAGUCGUCACACCGACACUUAAUUGUUACGUAGUAUACAUUCCGAACUCCCAUUGAUCCACCAC